GGGAACUGAUCACAAAACGCUGGAUCCCAUCAUUAUGGAGGAGGAAGCGUAGGAUUACUAAAUAAAACAGGGGGUAUACACCUAUUUAUACUGGUAGCCAGAAGAGCUAGCCGAGUAAGGGUCUGCUAUAAAAGACUAGAGGCGGCUACAUUUCUCAGAGCUUAGUGGCAGUCAUGGGGAACGAAGGUAGUAUGGAAGGAGGAGAAGGGAUGGGUGGUUAUCCAGAUGGCAUGGUAGGAGAUGGUAAAGGAGGCUUCACCAAGAUUCCCGCUGGAAUGGAGGCUGAUCUGAGCCAACUGAGCGAGGAGGAGAGGAAGCAGAUUGCUGCUGUGAUGUCAAGGGCGCAGGAGCUACCGAGGGGAAACCAAACGGAUCGCCCACCACUAAGAAUUGAUGCAAAUCAGUCUCCAAGAUUGCCAAGCAAACCUCCUGAUCCCGGGCCAACUGGUUUGAGUAAAAGCAGAACAGUAGAUGCCUUUAAAACAGAAUUGAAAACACCUGGACGAAGCCCGUCAACUAUGAGUUUGAGAGAACCAAGAUCAAAGCCUGAUGUUAAAGAAGAACCUAAAUCAAGUGUUAUGACUGGUUUUCUCACAGACAGUAAACCAUUAAGUGUAGUCUCUUCUGUGGUAAAUAAAUUUAAUCCAUUUGAUUCAAAAUCUGAUCCAGGAGCAAAUCAGGAAGAAACACUGAGAAAACAGAGAGUUACAGACAAAGAACAUGAAAAAAAUGAAAGCCUAAAAGGAAAUGCAAAGCCUUCUCAUCAAGUGCAACAGUCACCAGGAUAUCCACAACAUCCACAAGGACAUGCAAGGUAUCAGCCUACUGAUGCCACAAAACCAACUCCACAGCAGUCUGCAAAAUCGCAACAACUGCAACCUGACACAAAAACACUUCUUGAACAAGGAACUUCAAAUAUAGCAAAACAGCCAUUAAAUGCCACAGAACCCCUUUCAAAUAUACCCACUCCCAAAUACCCUUUGCCUCAUGCAAAAGAUCCCCUGAAAUCAGUGGCUCAAGAGCCAACACGUACUACCUCAUCAGCCCAAGUACAAAGCCCUAAAAAGGAAUCCAUGAAGCAAGAUCGACCUGCUACACAUGUCUCAGUAGAUAAGCAAAACUUACAAAAAUCAGUACCUUUGAAACAAACAACCCAUGCACCAGGUGGGUUGAAAGAAAAACCUCUAGUGUCUGAUCCUACUAAAAAUGUCACAAAAGAACCUGAGAAACAGCCUACUCAAACCCAAGGUACUGCCAAACAAUCUGUGCAACCAGCUGGAUCUACAAAGUCUCCAUCUCAACAAGCUGGGAUUACUAAAAAAACACCACAACCGGCAGCAAAUCUAAAACAACAGGUACAACAAACAGGGGUUGUGAAACAGGGGCCAGUAACACAACCUACAAAACAACAGGUGCUAUCCACCACGCCAAUAAUUCAAACAGCACAAAAGGUAGAUGUUUCAAAAUUGGCAGAAACAAAACCAUCAUCCCAAUUUACUGGAAAGCCUGCACUUCCUCUAGCACAACCUACAAAAUCAACACCACAGCAACAAGAAAAGGUUCCAGAACCAACAUCACAAUCCAAAAAACAUCAUCAAGACCUCCCACAGGAUAUAUCUAAAGCAGCUGAGAAAUCUUUGUGUCCUCUUUGCAAAUCCACAGAGCUACAUCUUCACUCAAAAGAAAAGGCCAACUAUAAUACGUGCACUCAAUGCCGUUCUACUGUAUGUAGCUUAUGUGGCUUCAAUCCAAAUCCACAUAUGACUGAGAUAAAUGAAUGGCUCUGUUUGAACUGUCAGAUGCAAAGAGCACUUGGUAUGGAUAUGACAUCUGUUCCUGUAACCAAACCACAACCAUUGAAACAGAAGCCUGCAUCUACAUUGCCACCUACAAAGCCCCCUCCAGAGACUCACACUUUGUCUCAGAGAAAAGAAUCUGUUAAAGGCUCUGAUCAAUCUUUGACACAGGUUUCAACAAUAUCCACAACAGCAAUAACCAAGCAGCUCCCCUCGACAGAUUCACCAGCUAAAUCUAAGAAAAUGGUCCCUGAUCCUCAAACUGAACAGGUAGCAUCAAAGGUAGAUAAACCCCAGCCAUUAUUACCAGAGAAAACAUCACAAGAGGCUAAACCAAUGGUAAUAUCCCAUGGAAUAUCUUCAUCUCCUGUUUCACAGACUAAAUCAGAUUCUUUAUUAUCCAAGGGUUCAACAGUGCACAAGGAUAUGGAUCAAAAAAGUACAGAUAAUGCAAAACCUAUAAAAGAGGCUCAGUUAGGUAAAGAAAAGGGUCAGCAUGCAUAUAUCUUGCAGGCAACCCACCCAACGCAAGAAUUGAAACAGACACCUGCAACUAUUUCACAUCCCAAACUCCCCCCUAAACCUGAUUCUUCACAAAUGAAAGAAGAUCCUAAAAGCAGCCCAACUAAAGUAAAUCCUAAAGUUGAUGGCAAGCAAGUUUCAAAGACUCAACAAGCCCAAGCAAGUCCAAAACCUAGUCCCUCACAUAAACCUGCAGUUCAACAGGUACCUGUGUCACAGGCACAACCUCAGCCUCCAAAAUAUCAAGAUCAGCCAAGACGAUUUAGUCUUAAUCUGGGAAGCACCGCAGAAACCCCUAAGCCUCAACCUACUACACCUCAAGAAACAGUUACUGGGAAACUCUUUGGGUUUGGUGCAUCCAUUUUUAGCCAAGCUUCUACUUUUAUAUCUACUGCAACACAGCCAGGUACUCAGCCUCAAAGCACACAAGCAGCAGCAGGAGCACCACCAUCAUCACCUAAACAGCCCGCACCUUUACAAAAAAGCGCUGAACCCCUCAAAUCUGCCAAAGAGGUUGUGCACGCUCCUCAGUCACCCAAAACACAGGCCAUGAAAAAAGAAACAAAAACUUUAGCAGGAGAGAAAACAGAUGUGUCAAAAUCUAGUAUUUUACCUAAAGAAGAGGAACCGAAAAAAAUUCAAAAGAAAGAAGCUGAUCAGGAGAGUACUGAUUUUAAAAAGACUACAAAAGAACCAGUACUAAAUAAAACUGAAACCAUGCCAGUCCUUAAAAAAUUCUGCCCCCUUUGCAAAAUAGAACUAAAUAUUGGUUCUAAAGACCAAUCCAACUUUAACACAUGCACAGAAUGCAAGAACAAUGUAUGCAAUAUGUGUGGAUUUAAUCCAACACCACAUCUAACUGAGGUUGUAGAAUGGCUUUGUUUGAACUGUCAGACUCAAAGAGCAAUGGCAGGUCAACUUGGGGAUAUAAGCAAGAUGCCACCUCCAUUAGGAUUGCAAUCUAAGUCUUCACCAAAGCAUCCUAUUCCUUUAGAACAACAAACUCAAGCAUAUAAAGUUACAACCUCACCUCACAAAGCAAACAAAAUAUCAAAUGAUCAAGCAUUAAAGAAAGAUGCUCUAAAAAUAUCAGAUGGAAAAGUUGAUGUGUCAAAAGAAAAUAUUUACCAAGAAAAAUUCAAACAAGACUCACUCCCAGCAAGCUUACUUGCAGAAGUAAAGAAAACAGUGUUCCCACAAGAUGAAGAAGUGUCCUCUAUAAAAGAGUCUAAACAUGAUUUUCUAAGUGAUAUGUUUGAAUCAAAAGAAAGGAAAACAGAGAUUAUACCAUCUGAAGAAAAGAUCUGGCCAAAACAGGAUUUGACAAUUGACCUUACAGCAACUGUGCUUAAGGAAGUAAAUGAACGAACAUAUGGAGAAAAAAAGAAAGCUGAGACAAGUCAUCCUGUUGAGAAUGAAGCAGCAAAAGAAAAGACUGAGAAAGAAGAUGACAAAUCAGACACAUCAAGUUCUCAGCAACAGAAAAGUCCACAAGGUCUAAGUGACACAGGCUAUUCAUCUGACGGUAUAUCUGGUUCUCUUGGUGAAAUUCCAAGUCUUAUUCCAAGUGAUGAAAAGGAUUUGCAUAAAGAACAAACAAAAUGUGUGUCUUUUUCACAUGAAAAUAGUCCAUCAAGCCCUUCUGAUUUAGCAAAGUUGGAAAGUACUGUUCUUUCAAUUUUAGAAGCCCAGACAAACAUACUCACUGAUGACAAAUCAAGAAAGAGCAGUGAUUUGUACGGAAUAUAUGGAGGACAAACUCAGGACAGAGUCAAAACCAAGAUUUUACCAAUGACACCAGAAUCAUUUAGUUCAGAAGAAGAAGAACUAGAGGAUAUUCAAGAAGAAGAUGAAGAAACUAUUGAUGAAAAUGGUAAAGGAGCAUCACGGAAAAGUCAUAAAGGCAAUGUAGGUUCUGUAAGAGAUAAGACUGCACGGAAAAGGCAUGAUUCAUUGGAUGAUAGUAGUGAAAGCGAAAAUUCCCCAGUCCCACAGAGAAAGAGAAGAACAAGCAAUGGGUCAUCAAGUAGCGAUGACUAUAAGCAUGAAGAUAGUCAAGGAUCAGGAGAUGAUGAAGACUUUAUUCGUAAGCAAAUCAUUGAAAUGAGUGCCGAUGAGGAUGCAUCUGGAUCAGAAGAUGAGGAAUUUAUUAGAAAAAAAUUAAAAGAAAUUAGUGGUACUGAAAAUAAAAAAAUAGAAGCAAAGGCAAAACCUGCAACGGUAAAGUGUAAGAGGUUAACAAAAAAAAGCAGUGCAAGUUAUGAUGAUGAUGGAACAAGGAGACAUUCAUGGCACCAUGGGGAUGAAGAAGAUGAGGAUGAAGAAACCUAUGAUGAAAGUCCAGAGCCAAAAUACAGAGAAAGUAAAAGUCAAGAAAAUGAAGAGCUUGCAGUAAGUCGAGGUCUUAGACGUUUUAAGACCAUAGAACUAAAUAGCACAAUAUCCAAUACAUAUGCCGAUGAAUCUGCCAAACAACCUACAGUAUUGUAUUAUGAUGAAGAACCAGAGCUGGAGAUGGAAAGUUUAACUGAUUCUCCCGAAGAUAGGUCACGAGAAGAAAGAUCCUCUAGUCUGCAUGCUUCAAGCUUUACUCCAGGCACAUCACCUACUUCAGUAUCAUCGCUGGAUGAAGAUAGCGAUAGCAGUCCAAGCCACAAAAAGAUGUCAGGCGAAAACAAACAACAACGUAAAGCUAGACACCGAUCUCACGGGCCAGUUCUUCCCACUAUUGAAGAUUCUUCAGAAGAAGAAGAAUUAAGAGAAGAAGAAGAGCUUUUAAAAGAGCAGGAAAAACAAAGAGAACUUGAGCAACAGCAAAGGAAAAGUUCUAGUAAAAAAUCCAAAAAAGACAAAGAUGAGCUAAGGGCUCAGAGAAGGAGAGAAAGACCAAAGACACCUCCUAGUAAUCUUUCUCCCAUUGAAGAUGCUUCUCCAACCGAGGAAUUACGUCAGGCAGCUGAAAUGGAAGAGCUUCACAGAUCUUCAUGCUCUGAAUAUUCCCCCAGCAUUGAAUCUGAACCAGAAGGAUUUGAAAUCAGCCCAGAAAAGAUUAUAGAAGUACAAAAAGUAUACAAACUACCUACUUCAGUUUCUCUUUAUUCUCCUACAGAUGUAUCAACAGUUGGAAUGACAGAAAACAAGAAUGGCCAAAAAAAAAUAAAAAGUGCUGAGGCAGCAUAUGAAGAAAUAUUGUGUAAAGCAAAAUUGUAUCAACAUGAAAAAGAAAGAGAUGAUGUUUUUGAAAAAGAACCACUAUAUGGAGGGAUGCUAAUUGAGGAUUAUAUUUAUGAGUCACUGGUUGAGGAAAAUUUUGAUGAAAGCUUAGAUGCCAAUAUACUAAGUAGCCAAGACAAUGUUUUUGAACACAAAGUAAGAGAGUUAAAGAAUACAAAAGAUGAUAUUUGCAUUGACGUUGUCCCAAAUAUUGAAAAUGAAUGCUUCACAGCAGAGUCAUUCCAUUCUAUUGUGCAUCAAGAAGAUAUUGUUUCAAGUUCCUACAUUGUUCCAGAAAGUCAUGAGAUAAUCAUUUUGGAGAGCACAGAUGAAAAGCAACCACAAGAGUCUGAUACUUGUUUGUAUGAUCUUAUUGACUGCCAAACUAUGCAACUAACACCAGGAGCCAGUCCAACUCAAACUCAUUCUGAAAUAUGCCUGAAAACUGAAUUUUUACCUUCAGUAACUAUGGACAUAAGCUCAUCAGAAAUUAUUUCUUCAGUUCCUUCAUUAGAGUCAUCCUUACAAUUAUCAAAUGCAAUUUCUAUUCCAGAUGUUAAAAUAACACAGCACUUCACAGCAGAAGAACAGGAAGAUGAUAUGGCCACUGAUUACAGUUCUCAAAAUAUAUCAAAUACUGCCAUUUCAGAAAGUCCUGAUAAAUCAGUAAGUGAGGAAUGCAUUGUCAGUCCCUGUGAUUCUUUCACAGAUGAAAAUGCAUCAUCGGAGAUUAUAAAUAUCAAUCAACCUGCAUUAAAGACAUCAUUUACAGAAGGAACACACAUUGAUUCUAGUUUACCAACUGAUUACAAAGGAAACAUUUCAAAAUCUGUAAUAUCAUUUUCACAAAAUGAUUCUCUAAUAUGUGCAACAUCUACAACAGCUGGCCCCUCUACCAAUCAGAUCUGUUUUGAUCCUGUGUCCAUUAUAAAGUCUGAUGCAGGCAAAGAAACAACAUCCGUGGAUCAUGUUAUAAUUUCAGUGCCUGAUGUUUCACAUUCAGCAGAGGUCGCAAGAAGAACUGAUUUGUCUUUCUUUACAGAAGAACAAAGUAUAACAGGGGCAAUAAAAACCACAGAUGUCAUAACCAGGGUUUACAUUCCCGAAACAAACACUGAGACACAUGAUUUUAAAAACUCAGCAAUUUCUAUCUAUUCCUCAAACAUUGCAGGCUCUAAACCUGUUGAAUGUUUAUUUGCAGACAAGCAAUCAAUAAUGUCUGCAGCAACAGUUACAAAUAGCAUUACAUCUGCCCCUAAAUUGCCAUCUGUGACAUCUACAGUACCAUCAGUUACAUCUAAAAUCAAAUCAUUGUUUAGAAGUAGUUCUUCAGAUUCCUCUGUUCCUUUGACUACACCAACAACUACCCCACCACCACCACCACCUCCCCCACCAUUACCACCACCCACACCACCUAAGCCAGCAGUAUAUUCAAAGAAGAGGCCAGCACCUAAAAUCCCACUGGUGGGAAAAAGUACUGGGCCCAGCAAUGGAAUAUCACAAGAUGUACCACUUCUUAAAAAUAAUGCAACCACCAUUUUAAAGCAUCACCCACCUCCACCACCUGUCCCCCCCAAGCCAUCUAAUAUCCCAGCUGGCUUAGUAUUUAGUCACAGGCCAACUGAAGGCAGAAUAACAAAACAUGUGCUUUCAGAACACUUAAUAGCUAUGCAAAAGAAGCAAGAAGCACAGAAAAUAACACAACCAUCAACCUCCAUCAUGACUCUAAAUUUGAUUCCUUCAAAUGAACACAAACUUCCUUCUCCUACAUCACCACUUUCUCCCCAUUCUAACAAAUCGUCACCAAGGUUAACUAAACUGUCAAUGGAAACAUAUGUUGUUAUCACAUUACCGUCGGAACCUGGAACUCCAACUGAAAAUGUUGCAGCUCAAACAACAACUUGUUGGCCUCUACAAGCACCAGCUCAAGAAGAAGUUCCACACACAAUGGAAACUAUUUCAUCUACAAUAUCUUACAUGCAAGCUGAUAGAAUACAAACAUCAUCUGAUUCUUAUAUUGCAUCCAGUUUACUAUCACAAAUAAUAACAGCAGAUACUACCAAGGCAACAGAUUCACUAUCUAGAAGUUCUGUUUCAGAUUUCAGCAAUAUUCCAACCAAUUUACAAACAGGAAGAGGAAUUACUGAGAAAUCUAAUUUAAAACAAAUUGUAAAACCAUCGGAAUUCAAUAAUAUAAUUGAUUUACGCACUUUGAGCAAGAUAGAUUAUACAAGUGCUGAUACAGAGAUGGAUAAUUGUAUGGAUCUGUCUUCCACACCAUUUGAUGUGAAGCGUCACUCACAAGGGUCUUUCAGUCGACCAAUAAGUGCUGUGCAGCCUGCUAUUGUAAAUCUUAGUAGUGUAUCACCAGUAAUAUCUUCAGUUUCACUUGCUGCAGAAACAGUUACAGUAGUGACAUGUGCAACAACUGUAAGUUAUACGAGCAGUUUAGAAAAUCUUGUUGAUUUAGGAAGUUCAAUGAAAGCCCCUUUAAAGCUGACAACAUCAAAACAACAUGAAGAGGGAAGCUGUGGCAUUCCCGAGGAAGCAGAAGUGCCAAUUAAUCUAUCAUUGGGUACUCCAACACAUUCAGUGAUAGGUGCAACAACAACACAGGGUUCUUUUUCACCAAGUAAUUUAACUAAUGGGUGCACCGAUGUUUACACUUCUCAAGAAUCGGUAGAUAGUGGAGUAGUCGAUCUUAGUACCACUAAAUCCCACAGAACAAUGGUAACUGUAGAUGAAACCACAUCUGAAAUUAUUACUGAAAUAAUUGAAGAUGAUAAGCCUGUUGAUUUGACAGCUGGGAGAAGGGCUGUGUGUUGUGAUGUGGUAUAUAGAUUGCCAUUUGGAAGAAGUUGCAUUUCACAGCAGUCAUCCACCAAUUUGCCUGAAGAUCGUUUUGGUUACAGAGAUGACCAUUAUCAAUAUGAUCGUUCAGGGAUUUCUGGCUUCAGAGGUGUUGGAGGUAUGAAACCUUCAAUGUCUGAUACAAAUUUGGCAGAAGCCGGACUUUUCUUAUACAAAAGUAAAAACACUUUUGAUUAUCUUACUGGAGUAUCUGAAGCUGCAGUAGAUCUUACUUCUGGGAAAAUGACUACAGGUGAGGCUUUGGAUUACCAAAUCAAGAACACAGGUGCUUAUCCAGAGACACGGCAAGUUAUUUCUGGAAUUGGAAUAAGUGCCCCCCAGUAUUCACAAGCACGAAUGACUAUGUCCAUAGUGUCACCAUACAGCAUGGGGAGUGUUUUAAGGUCGUCAAAUGGAGUUGUAUAUUCCUCAGUUGCAACUCCAGUUCCUUCGCCAUUUGCAAUCACCACACAGCCUGGAUCCAUUUUCAGCACAACAGUAAGAGAUUUGUCUAGUUUUGUUACUAGUGGAACAGACACUGUUAUAUCAAGCCUAAGCCAGAGUCAACCACAGCCCAGACCAUAUAGUAUGCUAAAUACAACUACAAGUGAUGUGAAUGAGGCAAUGACUGUUGCUGAAUCUGGUAUGCAAUCAUUCCCAGUCGAAGUUACAGCUACCACCUCAGCUGACCUGAUUUCUAUUUUAACAAGUGAAUCAGAAUCUUUUUCAGAACUAACAGAAGAUGAAUCAACUUUUGUCUUCCCAUCUGAAGAUGGAAAACAGCAGCAGCUUAAUUUUCAGCGUGAACUUCUUGAAUUAGAAAAGCUCAAACAACAACGAUUAGCUGAGGAAUUAGAAUGGGAACGGCAGGAAAUUCAAAGGUUCAGAGAACAAGAAACAAUAAUGGUACAAAAGAAACUAGAGGAAUUGCAGUCUAUGAAACAGCACCUACUACUUCAACAAGAAGAGGAGCGACAAGCUCAAUAUAUGAUGAGGCAAGAAACAUUAGUUCAACAACAACUACACCUUGAACAAAUUCAGCAGCUUCAACAGCAACUUCACCAACAGCUGGAGGAACAAAAAUUAUGCCAGAUAUACCAGUACAAUUAUGAUCCUAAUGAAACUGCACCUCCUCAGACAUCUUCAGACCAAGUUAUUUUGGAAACUCAAUUUGGGGCACCUGAAGAUGGCCAGUUCUGGACUAGUGAUCCACACACAACAACUGCAGUAUCAUCAGCUGCAUCAGGUGAAGCAUGGUAUGCUGUCCAGUCAGAUGGAAUUACUCAAUAUAUUUCUAGACCUGGCAUCCUGAACUCUGUUUCAGAAAUGUCUCUUAAAGAGAUUGAUAUAAAUGAUGAAAGGCAAAUGAAAAAAAGGAGUUCCAUGCCAAGACUGUGUGGUAUGUAUGAUGAAUUAGAAGGGACUAUCCAAGAAGAGCCAAGAUCUUACAAAUUAAUAGUAGAUAGUGGAGUACAAACUGAUGAUGAAGAUGGAGGGGAAAAUGCUUUUACAGGCAGGAGAAGGAGAUCAAAGAAGGGUGUUGACACAAGUGUUCAAACAGAUGAUGAGGACCAAGAUGAGUGGGAUAUUCCAACAAGGUCCCGUAGAAGAUCCCGUGCAGGAAAAUAUAGUGAGGGAAACACUGAUGCAGAAAAGGCUAGGCAGUUUUCUAAAGUCUCUAGCAUAGCUGUACAGACUGUUGCAGAAAUGUCAGUGCAAACUGAACCACUUGGAAAAAUAAGAACACCAUCUAUAAGAGCUAGGGAUGAUGUAAAAAUUGAAAUUAUUAAACAUAUUUCUGCACCGGAAAAAAGUAUUAAAGGAGACAGCUUGGGAUGUCAAACAGAAGGUGAAUCUGACAAUCUGAGUCCCCAAUAUUUGACUGAUAUGUCUCAAAAAGACAAAAGACGCCCAACUCCUUUAGAAAUAGGUUAUUCAGCUCACCUUCGUGCAGAAUCUUCUCUGCAGGUGGCACCUUCCCCUCCAAAGUCCCCCAAAGUUCUUUAUUCGCCCAUUUCACCUGUUUCACCUAGCAGUGCUAUAGAUUCAGCCUUUGUUCCUUAUGAAAAAACAGUAGAUGAUAUUAGCUGCCGUGCUGAUAUAAACCAAGCUCCACCUCCGAGUCCAAAAACAACAAAAGUUAUGCAACGUUCCAUGUCUGAUCCAAAGCCUUUAAGCCCCACUGCAGAAGACCCUGCAAGGACACAGUUCCAGUAUUCAGAUGGGUACAUGACCAAAACUAUUCAAAGUGGUACCCAAAAGAAAGUGAAAAGAACCCUGCCAAAUCCUCCACCAGAGGAAGCAAACAAUGGCAUUCAGUCGCCAUAUGGUACUGUUGGCUCUGUUUCCCGCAGAAGAAUUUGUCGGACUACCACCAUGGCUCGAGCAAAAAUUCUUCAAGACAUUGAUAGAGAAUUGGACCUAGUGGAAAGAGAGUCUUCAAAAUUACGCAAGAAACAAGCUGAAUUAGAUGAGGAAGAAAAAGAAAUUGAUGCAAAAUUGAGAUAUUUAGAAAUGGGCAUUAACAGAAGAAAAGAAGCCUUGUUAAAAGAGAGAGAAAAGCGAGAAAGGGCAUAUUUACAGGGUGUUGCAGAAGAACGGGAUUAUAUGUCUGACAGUGAAGUUAAUAGCACAAGACCUACCAGAAUAGAAAGCCACCUUGGCUUAGAAAGACCACAAACUGCUCCUCAAACAGAAUAUACUCCAUAUUUACCACCACAAACUCAAUCAGAAACACAGUUUGUUCCCCCUACAAGUCCUUAUACACAAUAUCAAUAUCAAACCCCUACUCUGCUUACUCAAGCACCAACCCAAUAUUCUCAGCAAUCCCCUUAUCAGCAAACCCUAUAUCACCAAGUUUCCUCUUAUCAGACCCAGCCAACAUUUCAGUCUGUGCCAACUAUGUCUUAUACUCCUCAACAACAGUCAGCACCUAUACAGCAAUCUUCCUAUCAACAUCAGUCUCAAAUGCUUCUCUUGCAACAAAAGACAAGGCAGGGAGCUUUAGAUUUAGAACCCAAGAUCCCAUCACAUUAUGAUGUUAUUAGAAACCAACCACUUAUAAUAACACCCGCAUCUGCUGACAGCAACUACUCAGUUUCUCAUCUUGGCAACAAAUACAGUAGUCUGGACUUACGGUUAGGGUUAGAUGAAAAGAGUAGUAUGGCGAGUAGUCCAAUGUCUAGUAUAUCUGCAGAAUCAUUUUAUGCAGACUUAGAACAUCAGGCUUCCAGAAAUUAUGUUCUAAUUGAUGAUAUUGGUGAACUUACUAAAGGAUCUGGAUCUUUGAGUUCUGCAUUUGGACUCCAUGAAAAAGAGUUAUCUAAAGCUGAUCGCAUUUUGCGAAGUGUAGACUCACGAAGGACUGCUGAGGUUACAGACUUUUUAGCUCCAAUAUCAUCUUCCACUCGAUUACAUUCAUAUGGAAAAGCUGAUGAAGAUGCAAUGGAAGAUCCUUAUGAGCUAAAACUUCUUAAGCAUCAAAUAAAACAAGAAUUUCGCCGAGGUACAGAAACUUUGGAUCCUCUUGCUGGAUAUUCACCAUAUUAUCAUUCUGACAGUCUUUAUAGACAUUUUCCUAAAAAUGAGAAAUAUAGCAUUAGCAGGCUCACAUUAGAAAAGCAAGCUGCAAAACAGCUGCCCCCUGCCAUCCUCUAUCAAAAACAAUCCAAGCAUAAAAAAGCUUUGAUUGACUCUAAAAUUUCAAAAUUUUCUCCAAUACAGGAAAGUAGAGAUAUAGAACCUGACUAUUCAAGCUAUCUUUCUUCUAGUACAUCAUCAAUUCCAAGUAUUUCUUCAAAAGUAAGACUUCUUCAGGAUGAUAUUACAUAUGGAUUAAGGAAAAAUAUCACAGACCAACAAAAAUAUUUAGGCCCUAACCUUGCACAAAAUCUUGGGGCAACUUUAACUUCCACUUUAAGGACAUCCAUGCAGGAUGAAGUUGAUAAACCUUAUGUAAGUGGCAGUAGAUCAAGACCUUCAUCUAGGCCUUCCUCAAUUUAUGGACUUGAUUUAUCCAUUAAAAGGGAAUUAUCAAGCUCUUCUUUGAGACUAAAAUCUAAUGAACCUGAAACAUUAGAUAGUUCCUUUAGUCAUGUAGCACCUUCUGGUAGAACAAAACCAUCCAGCCUUCCUAUUAGUCAAAGCAGGGGGAGAAUUCCAAUUGUAGCACAAAAUUCUGAGGAAGAAAGUCCAUUAAGUCCUGUUGGCCAACCAAUGGGAAUGGCAAGAGCAGCUGCUGGUCCAUUACCUCCAAUAUCAGCAGAUAGCAGGGACCAGUUUGGUUCCAGUCAUUCACUGCCUGAGGUGCAACAGCACAUGAGAGAAGAAUCAAGAACUCGUGGCUAUGAUCGAGAUAUAGCAUUCAUCAUGGAUGAUUUUCAACAUGCCAUGUCAGACAGUGAAGACAAUUCCUUUAAUGAUGCUUACCAUCUACGGCGGGAAGAAACAGACUGGUUUGAUAAACCAAGAGAACAGCGUCUUGAAAAUGGACAUGGAAUUGACCGGAAGCUACAAGACAAACUGUCUCAUGCAAGGUCAUCUCAUCAGCAGGAGCAAAUGAAUGGGAAGCCAAUACAAUAUACAUUUCCGCAUUUGAGACUUAAACUACAAAGAGAUACAAAGGAUCAUACAGUUUCAGGAAAUGGAUUUGGCAUAAGAGUUGUUGGUGGAAAAGAAAUCCCAGAAAGUUAUGGAGAAAUUGGAGCAUAUAUUGCCAAGAUCCUUCCUGGAGGAAGUGCAGAACACUCAGGCAAACUCACUGAAGGAAUGCAAGUUUUAGAAUGGAAUGGUCAUCAAUUAACUGAAAAAACCUAUGAAGAAGUUCAUAGCAUUAUUAGCCAGUCAACAGGGGAAGCUGAAAUAUGUGUAAGACUAGAUAUCAACAUGCUAUCAAACUCAGUAACCCCUCAAAACCUAGAGCUCCAUGAACCAGCAAAGCCUGUGGAUAAAACAAAGUCUCCAGGGGUGGAUCCUAAGCAACUAGCAGCUGAACUACAAAAGGUUUCCCAGCAACAAACACCAGCUUCUGCAGUGGAGAAAGGGGCCUACAUUCAUUCUGGGACCACAUCAGCUGCCUCUAGUGCAGUCCCUAGUCCUGGACAACCUGGGUCACCCUCAGUGAGCAAGAAACGACACAGCAGCAAGUCCACAGAAGCCAUAAAGACGCAUUCACAUCCAAUUACUGGGGAACUUCAGCUCCAAGUUAAUUAUGAUAAGCAUCUUGGUAAUCUAAUUAUUCACAUACUUCAAGCAAGGAAUCUUGUUCCCAGAGAUAACAACGGCUAUUCAGACCCAUUUGUCAAAGUAUAUCUUCUUCCAGGCAGAGGCCAAGUCAUGGUUGUCCAGAAUGCCAGUGCUGAGUACAAGAGAAGAACAAAGCAUGUGCAAAAAAGCUUGAACCCUGAGUGGAAUCAGACUGUGAUUUACAAAAAUAUCUCCAUGGAGCAGCUAAAGAAGAAGACACUAGAAGUUACGGUAUGGGACUAUGAUAGAUUCUCUUCUAAUGACUUUCUUGGUGAGGUAUUAAUAGAUUUAUCAAAUCCCUCAUCGCUUGACAACGUGCCACGCUGGUACCCAUUGAAGGAACAAAGUGAAAGUAUUGACCAUGCAAAACCUCACUCUAGUCAAAGCAGUCAGCAAGUACCAAAGCCUUCAGUCAUUAAAAGCAGGAGUCACGGAAUAUUCCCAGAUCCCUCUAAAGAUAUGCAGGUACCCACCAUAGAAAAAUCACAUAGCAGCCCUGGUAGCUCUAAAUCAUCCUCUGAAGGACACCUUCGCUCCCAUGGACCAUCUCGCAGCCAAAGUAAAACCAGUGUCACUCAGACCCAUCUUGAAGAUGCGGGAGCAGCCAUCGCUGCUGCUGAGGCAGCUGUUCAACAACUUCGUCUUCAACCAACAGCACAUAAAAGCGGUCAGUCUAAUCAUGCCAGGAAUCAACAUAGACACAGCAUAGCAGGAGUCCUCCCAAUUCAAAGAACUCAGUCUGACAAUCUGCCUCCACCAGCCAAUGACAGCAAAGACCAAAGUCAGCUUGCACUCAAGAAGGUGAUGUCCGAUGGAUCAGUCAAGACUGAAGCAAGAACAACAGCCCACAAGUCUGCUGAAUCGACAGUCUCUACAGCAUCUUCAGUCAGUAGUUUUGGCAGCGGAUACAGUAUGGAGAGUAAUGGUAGCAAUACGACGGGAGACAAUGGUUUGUUUCCAGUUCCCAGAAUAGGAAAGAUGAACCAAAAUGGACAAGAUCUAAUAACACAACCUGGAAUGACACUUGUAGAUGGAGAAGGUAAAACCCAGGUCAUGGGAGAAAUUAAAAUUGCCCUGAAAAAGGAAAUGAAGACGGAUGGGGAGCAGCUUAUUGUAGAGAUCUUACAAUGCAGAAACAUUACAUAUAAAUUCAAAUCACCAGACCAUCUACCAGAUCUCUAUGUGAAAUUAUAUGUCAUCAAUAUAGCUACUCAAAAAAGAAUAAUAAAGAAGAAAACGCGAGUUUGCAGGCAUGAUCGAGAACCUUCAUUUAAUGAAACAUUCCGCUUUAGCAUGAGUCCUGCUGGGCACUCUCUUCAGAUUUUACUUGUGUCAAAUGGAGGAAAGUUUAUGAAAAAAACUCUGAUUGGUGAAGCGUACAUCUGGCUCGAUAAAGUGGAUCUUAGAAAAAGGAUAGUGAACUGGCACAAACUCUUAGUCAGCUCUGCACAGGCACAUUGAACCACAUCAGAUACCGGGAGAGUAAUAUAAGGAAUGAUUUAAGUUCAAACAGAAUGAAAUAUGGCUAAGGAAGCAAAAUACGAGUAUUCUAGGCUAUAAUGAUGCAGGUUUGCUGACUGUUGAGGAAAGUAGCAAGAGUUUUAAAGCUAAGCAAGGAUAAGUACAGAUUGUUAGUGGAUAAAGGAAAUGUGAAUUUUUCGAUGAGUAAAGGAAUUUCAUUGGUGCAAAAAUGUUGAAUUGUGUUGAAUUGUUUAGCCUUUUGCUCUAGAAGUUGCAACAGCUGUGAAAGGCAUUGCAAAACAAAGAUAGCAUUGUUUGGUAGAAAAAAAACACUGAAGCAUUAAAAAUAGGUUACAGAAGUUUAUGUCUCAUUUGCACUCUGGAUUUUUACACAUCAUUAUUUUUGCACAGAGAUUAUAAUAUAAAUUAAACUUUAAAAAAAAUCUUAUGGUCAUAGCAAUGCUUAGAAUAGAUAAUGGUUAUUUAGGUAAAAUAAGUAUUAAAUAUAUUUAAUUUUCAGGUGUAGUUUAUCACUUACUUGCACAGUAAUUAUACAGUGCCUCACUCUUGCGUCAGUCAUUAUGAUUGCGUAAUCUAAAACCUGUGCAUAUCAUUAAACUGCUGUGUGUUGGAAGAUUAGGCUCCCUUCAAACAUACAGGUUCUCCUUCCUGACUUACUGCCUUGGAUAGUUAUAUAAAUAAUUUAAAAAUAAUGUAACUCUAUAUUUUAACACAUGCUAUCAUUGGGACAAUGUUCUCUCUACAAUGUAGAUUAAAAACUAGAACUAAGAUAUUUUAAUGUUGGAAAGUGAAUAGCUAGCUAUGCCUGUCACUCAUGCCAUUUUGCAGGAAACAGACAUUUGAAGAUUAGUGCAGUGCAUUGAACCGAGUGUUCUGCAUUUGUCUACAUAACUCAGGUGAAUGACUGCGAGUAUUGAUAGGUUGAAAAUGGAUAAUUACCUAUACAUAUUAUAAUUAAUAUUGAUGUACAUACAUAUCAAGUACUCUGAAAGACAUUAAGUGAAUUCUAGAGAAAGAAAGAAUACUAAAUGUCAGGUGAGAUUGCUAUAUAAAUGGAAUUAAUUGUAUGUAUUUAAUUUUCUCAGAAGUGUGUUCAAAAUUAUAUUUGGUGGCUUUGAAAAGCUAAAAGAUGUGCAAUUUUCUAAAAUGUAUUUUUUUCAUGGUAAGAUUUACUGUAAAAGACUGCAAAGCAUGCCUAUCGUUGCUAUGGAAAUUGCAACGCACAUUGAUAGCACAAAUAAGGAUUCUUGCUGUGAAACCUGUAAUCAAUGCUAAAUUAGCAGAGCUAUUAUUACUCUGCCUUUUUCCCACAAAACAUUCCACUGAUAGAGUAGCAUUAAUCUUUAUAACAAACAGAUCACGAAAAUACAUUUCUGUUCUGCUAUUUUAGAAAUUGCUUGUAUGAAUUACGAGCAUCUUUGCCGAUUUUUUUUUUCUUUUAAUUGGAAUAUUAUAAACAAAGCAAAUAUUGUAAAAGCAAUUUGUUAUCAAUUUAAAUUAUACAAAUGUGUCAUUCAUCUGUAUUAGGACAGAGUGACUGAUAACAUUUUGGUGCAUUAUUUAAUUUUAGCUAUUAUAAUAUCCUUACAAAAUGUGCCAACUUUGUGUUAGACCAAAUUCUCAAGUUAGGAAGCAUCUAUGCAACAUUGAUGUAUCAAUGAUUUUUUUUUUCUGUGAGUGAGAAAAAAUCAAACAAAAAAAAUGUAAAAUAAAAAAAGAGAAAAAACUUUUGUGUAAGAUAUCACGUAUCAGUAUUUUUUUUUGCACAUAUAUUUGAACACAUUUAUAGUGUUUAUUUGUUUGCUUCUACUAGAAGUGAUAACAUAGAUGGAAAUGUUUGUUAUUUAUUAGUCUUUAAUUGUUAUUAUUUUAUAUAUAUAUACAUAUAUAUGGAUGGCCGGUUUAAAAAAAUAAUAAUAAUGUUUUUAUUUAUAUGCAAGGGAAAUCAAAGAUUCAUUUCUUGACAACUUAGAUUAAUUGAUGGAGUUGAAAUAGAUCAAAUUUACAUGUUGAUAUAAAAGCACAGUGUGAGCAUUUCUACAUUAAUGGGAUUUAUAUUAUAUAUAACACAAAAUAACAUCAUAUUAAGAUGCCUUGGAAAUCUUAAUUAUUGGAUGCUAAAUGUGAGAAAAUGGUCAUAGUUGUGUCCACUCUAUUAGCAAGCUCUAAUGAUACUUUAAAAAUGUUAGUAAUGUUUAAUAAGUAAUUUUAGUUAAGCACAUAGAACAAAAUUUCAUGAAAAAAUAGCCAACAAAAUUUUAUUUAAUGCACAGUCUGAAAACUGAAAAAAAAAUGUGAUUUAAUCCUGCACAAUUUAACUAUUAAGUAUAUUUAAAGUUAUUAGUGCAUGAUGUUAUUUUAACAUCAUUAGCAGUUUUAAUUCGUAAAAUUGUGGGUAUUUCUAAUUGCAUUCUUAAAUACAUCUUAAUUAGUGCAGGAGUUUGCUCAUGCAUUGGUUUGCAGAAAAAUUUACUUUAAAAAAAAAAUUAAGAAAAAAUUAGGAAAACUUGGCCACAGAAAAUUAAUUAUUUACAUUUUGAAGAUAAGUUGUUUAUUCCUGUAAUUUAUUAAUUUGGUCACCGUUAAAAGGACCAACAACAUGCUCUGUAGUGUGUUGCACAUGUUACCGGUGAGCAAUUUAAUAUACCCUCUAAAAUGAUAUAAAAGUCUCAGAAUUCAAGGAGUCAUUCUCUGGUUAUUAAAAAAUGAAAAUAAGCAAGUUCCUUUAUUUUGUUAUCAUGUAAAUAAAUAUACAUAUUUGUAUUAGAUAAUAAUUUAAGAGUUAUAAUUCCAUCAGGCAUUCAGCAUGUGAAUGUGCACAUACAGUUCAGUUGUAUCUGUAUAGUUGUUACAGUGAUGUGCUCAGAUGGUAAACCAGCAAUGGCUGAAUAACGUGUUUGUUGUCAUCCAUUGAGAAUCUGUACAGCAAGCCUGAUGUUUAAGAGACAUAUGCCGAAAAAAAAUAAAAAAUAAAAUAAAAAAAGAAGUAAAAUAAUACAAUGCUGUACAUUCUGUAUUUGUCUUUAAAGAAAUUAAAUGUUUUCACACACUGAAUGUUGCAUGCAUUUAGAGAGGUCUAUCCAUUUUAUUGGACAAUUUUUAUUUAAAUAUAUUUUUUUUAAUUUUGACUUCCAAAUCCUUUUAAACAAUUUUGUUUUAAAAAGUUGUAAAAACUAGAUGAACAGUAUGAAAUGUAUAGAAAUAUGCCUGUAAAUCUGUUUAGUUUUCAUUUUAUGUAAAAAAUUAAAGUCAUGUUUUUUGUGAUUGUACACAGGAUGUAAUUUGAGAACUUAUGCAAAUUGUGAUGUACAAAGGUGGUAAUCCAGUAUACUAAUAAAUAUUUAUA